UUUUUAAUGUUUUUAUUGAGAUAUUUAUAACAUUUUUGUCGCGCCUUUUGUCACAAUAUUAUCGUAACUGAUCUCAAAUUUGUGGCCAAACUAUCGGUUAUUAAGAUAAGACAAUUUGUUUUAUCGAUAACACCAGUAUCUGGUGAUCACUUUGGUUAGCGAUGACAUUCAUGGUAUCAGCCAUUAGAUUGUCAGCGCUUCGGGCGCUUAGUCUAAACAACUGUCAAGUCUUAAGAUCAUCGCAUCAGUUGCCGAUCAUUCAGACGUCUAAUCGUUUGAUUAAUAUCUUUGGAAAGAUUAAUCAAGAUAUUCCUGUAGUAGUUCCCAACCGACCCAAGAGACCGGCCAACGGCUAUAAUAUCUUCUAUCAAGACAUGUCACCCAAAUUGAGAGCACAAAAUCCCGGAAUCUCUAUUAAAGAAGUGGCCAAAGCUAUUGGCGAACAGUGGAAGAAUUUGGACUCAAAGAUAAAACAAGAGUUAACACAAAAAGCAAAGGUUGCGAGCGAUCAAUACAAACAAGACGUCGAAGAGUGGAAGAAAAGGUUAACCGAUGAACAAAAGGAUUUAUAUCUCAAAGCAAUUAGGGAUCGCAAACAAUCACUUGCAAAACGUCGUCUCAAAGUAGAGCUCAAACAUUUGAAUUUCCCGAUUAGAUCCAAAUCGGCAUUUAAUAUAUUUAUGAAAGAAGAGGUCGCCCGACAAAAGGGAACGGCAGCUCAUAAAGAGGUGUUCAAAAAUGUUGUCACUAAAUGGAAAUCAUUGACACCAUUAGAUAAGACACCGUACGAAGAGAUGGCCAAAAUUGAUAAAGUGAGGUAUACUGAGGAGUUGAAUAAGUGGAAGACAGAUAUCGCACAGCCGGAGAACAAAGAACUAUUGGAUAAACUCGAAAAACUUAAAGAAAAGUCAUUGAAAACUAAUUCAAAAACUAAUGAAGAAGAAACCGAGACCAAGAAAAAGAAGAAGAAAAAGACCACUAAGAAAGCUGAAUCGUCUAAGACUACCACUAAACCAAAGUCAACUAAAACUAAGUCUAAGUCAAAGACUAGUACUGGCAAAGCAAAGUCAAAGCCUAAGACCAAAUCUGACACUAAGAAGACUAAGGAAAGUAAGAAGAAGAACACUAAGGAUGACAAGUCAAAGGAAGAGAUCAAAGAAGGGAACAGUUCUGAUGAAUCGGAAAAAGAAAAUCUUUAAAAAAUUGAAACAAAAGUCAAUUAUAUAUUACAUUAUAAGACAUUUUGUCCAUGAGAUCAGUAAUUAUUGAAUUAUAUGUCUUCAGUAUAAUCAUUG